AUGGCGCUAUCACGGGACGAAGCUGAGCUCGUGUACAAGCUGUGCCUGGAAAAUAAUGGCAUCUUUACGGAAGAUGUGUUUGGCCGGCACAUCGCAAAGUUCAGGAACUCGAUACAACAUGGGCUAGUAUCGAAUUCUGUAGAUUUUAUCAACUUCCUCAAGCUUCUUAAAGGAUCAAGGCAAUAUAGCUUUCAUCAAGAUGCGGAGGGGAGGAAAUACGUUAGGUUGCGGGACGCUGUCUCACGUCAACAAGUCGCCAGACUCCAAGAUGUGGAAUACGCUGUAUUCUGCGCUAUAGAAACUGCUGGUGAUCGUGGUAUAUGGACAGCUGAUAUAAAGAAGCUGUGCGAAAUCACAGGAAACCAGCUCACACGCUCGCUGAGGGUACUCGUUGAGCAGCAUGGGCUCGUGAAGCAAGUGACGAACGUACAUCAGAAGAACCGCAAACUCUACAUGCUUUUUAAUGUCAAACCUGCAAGGGAGCUCACUGGAGGAUCAUUUUACUUCAAUGGGGAAUUCAAUGAGAUUCUGGUAGAGCAUAUACAAGAACAGGUUGGAGGUUUCCUGGCAAAGUACCAGGGGUCUUCACUUACUCAAAUCACAAAUUUCCUCAAGACCUCCGACAAAAUCAGCGGGGAAGUCGUAGAGGAGGACGUGCUCUCGAUCAUUAAAACUCUAAUGCUGGAGGAGAAAGUAUACAGCGCACCAACGGCAACUGGAAAUACAAUAUAUAUUUGGGCUGGUGGUGCCAAUGUCAGCUUUGCAAGCAAGGCUUUCGGAACACCCUGCUUUAAAUGCGAUAUUUCUAACGCGUGUCAAUUGAGCAAGGAACACGAAAUUUGCCCAGCCAAGUGUAACUAUCUCAACCAGUGGUUGGCGUAG